AUUCCUACGGCAGUGGCCGUGGCAGGCGCCGUUGUGUGUGCUCGUGCGGACCGUGGAGUGGCCAGCGGCGGCUAGAGUGUGUCAGUCGGUUGGCGAGUCGCGGCGCUGCUUCCCGACGCGUAUGUGACUUUGCGGUGGCGGCGGCGGUGCCCGCGAUAGAUAGAGCGAUAGCGCGAGUGGGUUCGCUGUGGUAAGACGAGGGUAGAAGUGGUGCAGUGCUGGUGGUGGUGACGACGACGACGGCGACGGCGGCGAUACCUCAUCCACGUCGGCGGUCAAGCCUGCUGCUGCUGAACGCGCGCUCUGCUGUGUGGUCCAUGUGCUCUGACUGCUGACUAAAAUGCUUAUUAAGGAAUUCCGUGUCACUCUGCCGCUCACAGUGGAAGAGUAUCAAGUCGCUCAACUGUACUCUGUAGCGGAGGCUAGCAAAAAUAACACAGGUGGUGGAGAAGGCAUUGAGGUUUUAAAGAAUGAACCGUUUACGGAUUACCCACUGCUCGGUGGGAAGUACUCGUCAGGUCAAUAUACAUACAAGAUUUAUCACUUAGCUAGUAAAGUGCCUGCUUUCAUUCGCAUUUUACUGCCGAAAAACUCGCUGGAGAUACACGAAGAGGCUUGGAACGCUUAUCCCUAUUGUAAAACAGUUAUUACUAACCCAGGUUAUAUGAAGGAUAACUUUGUGAUCAUGAUAGAGUCAUUUCAUAUUGGUGACGUCGGCAAUCAACAUAAUGUUCACGAGCUGCCGCCAGAUAAGCUCAAGAUUAGAGAGAUUGUGCAUAUAGAUAUCGCGAACGAUCCGAUUGCCAGCGCUGAUUACAAGGAGGAUGAGGAUCCGACCAAGUUUAAGUCACAGAAGACUGGUCGAGGUCCUCUCAUAGGCAAGGAGUGGAAGAAUAGCGUUCAGCCUGUCAUGACGUGCUACAAGCUAGUCACUUGUGAAUUUAGAUGGUUCGGUCUGCAGACCCGCGUCGAGGGCUUCAUCCAGAAGGCGGAGAGGCGUCUGUUCACUAAUUUUCAUAGACAAGUUUUCUGCUGGACAGAUCGUUGGUAUGGUCUAACCAUGGAGGAUAUUAGAGCAAUCGAAGACAAUACUAAAGAGGAACUAGACAGGCAAAGACAUCAAGGAGAAGUGCGGGGUAUGCGCGCUGAUGAUUGAGGCUUUGAUAGCUUCUAUAACGAACGGUUAAAUCAAUUCUCUUAUACAUGUCAACACAAAUACAUACGCAUACCUACAGAUAUACACCCUGUUACGCUCUGUCAUAGACGAUUCCACAGGAUUCGAACGAUUUCCGGCGUUUACGUGUCUAGAUUCAGUGUCUACUACAAAUUACUUACAAUUUUAAUUUAUUUUACAUUUACAAGCGUUUUAGAUAAAUGUAUCUACAGUCAAAGAUUGUCAUUAUAACGUAGUUAUUACUGUAAAAGAAGGGAGGGAGGAAAUGUGCAAAAAAGAAAACCAGCUGUCUGGUUCUUGUUCAAUGCAUAAUUAUGAAAGAGAGAAUUUGGUUUUCGCGAAAACCGUAUAUAGAUGGAGAGUUGCGAUUACUUAACGGCAUUGUAGUUCGAUAAAAAACUAGGUAUCGAGGUUCAUUAAUGAGCAACAAGAUGCUUGCUACAAAGUACAUAAAAGGAAAAAAAAGUGGGAAGGAAUAUGUGAUUUAACAUUGCAAGUUUGAUCGUAGUUAAAUAGUUAAAAGAAUCCACAGUUUAAUAUAUUAUUAAUGUACAAUUGAGAAAAUCUCUAAAUGUUGCAUAUUAACGGUCCGUGUCUCGGGGUAUUAUUAUUUCGGCCGGAAGAGUGAUCGUGUAUUUUCAGAUGACAUUUCGAGAAUAUUUUUCUCAAACUCACGAGCGUACGACCCGGAAGUGAUUGAAGUCGGAAACGAGUAUUAACGGUCUCGUGUGUGUGUGUGUCUACAGUUACUUGGUAAGAUUUCCGAUAUUCUCCAACCAUGAAGCAAGAUAUAAUCGCGAUAGAUUCUAAUUUACAACGACCUUACGUUUGCUCCGACUGUCAACGACGAAUGCGAGACGCUUUAUGUGUUUAAUCUCCCAAAACAAAAAUUAGGACCAAACUGAUGGAUUUUUUAAUUAUACAUAUUGCGACGGUUGAGAACGGCAGAACAUUAACAAUAUCAAAUUAUUUCAUGAGAAUGGGGGAGACGAUGUAUUCUAUGUAAAAUGCUCACACACUGAUAUACAUACACACACACACACACACACACACACACACACACACACACACACACACACAUACAUAUAUAUAUAUAUGUAGAAGCAAAGUUUAGGCUAUUUCAAUAUUGGUGACAGCGGGUGAACGGCGGAAGGGUGCGUUAUUGUAUAUAAAAAUAAGGCAUACAAAUGAAAUUCAAAUUUAAAUGGCAUGUAUGUAAUGUUUCUUUGCAUUCCACUGGAUCUCUGAGUACAACCGAGCAAGUAUUUCGGAACGCUGUUCUUCGAGCCGAUCGCAAUUAUCCUCGUGUUAGCAGUCGCUCGCUCGCUCGCUCUCUCUCACUCCCACUCUUUCCUGUUACGUUAUGUCGUGUAUCGAUAUACACAAGACAAAUGUUUACGUAGCGGACUUGUUUCCGUCAAACGAGCGCAGAACUGCUGUACACGCGAAUUAUCUCCCAGAAUGUAUUUAAAAAAAAAAA